AUGAAACCCACCACCCUCCUCUCCACCUUCCUCCCCCUCACCUCGGCCUACUCCAUCCCCAAGGACUCAACCGCCCCCAGCAGCAAUGCCUUCAAGAUCCCCACCGCCCGCGAAUCCGCCAUCCUCGCCCGCCGAAUCCUAACCCUAACCCCGCUAGGCACCAUCUCGACCAUCUUCCCCUCCACCACCUCGUCUCGCAACCCCCCAGGAAUUGAAGGCAAACCCCACGCCCUAAUGGAAUACAUCUCCGCCUGUGACCCCCUCGCACCCUCCAACCCGACCCUCUUGUCCCUCAACAUCUCCUCCACCUUCCGCAACGCAGCCAACGCCAACCUCUCCCUAGCCAUAACCUGGACCCCCCCUCCCCUCCCCCCUCCCUCAAGGUCCUUCCUCUCCCAUCUAAACCCCUUUUCUUCCGAACCCCCCGUUCAGCCCCAAUCCUACAGCGCCGCCGCUCUCCCGCGGUACUCCCUGAUGGGGUAUCUCGAACCCAUCCCCGGAGCGGACGACCCAAAGAGUGAUGUGGGCAAGCUGGUUCAAACUUGCUACACCAACACGCAUCCGGACGCGAAGUACUGGCUUCCGGGAAAUAGGAUUCACGAGAGCCACUUUGUGAGGUUGGUGGUGACGGAGAUUUACUGGGUGGGCGGGUUUGGGGAUAGGGCGUAUAUCGGGUGGAUUGACGCCAAGGAUUGGGAGAGUGUGACCGAGAAGGAGAUUGAGGGGGCGAGGUUGCCUGGGGAGAAGCCGCUUGAAGGGGGGGAUCUUUAG